UCUUCGUGUUACCGAGGGGGGGGGGAUUGAAGUACUUUGCAUUUACACAAUUUGUGCCAUCAGGUUUUCCCAUAAUUGUAGAUUUGAUAGACAAAAGAGAAAGAUAGCCGGCAGUGCGUGAAGUUGGGCUACCGCCACGCAAUCUCGUAUCCAGGUUAGGCUGCACCCUGGCUACAGAAAGACUACUGAAAGAAUUAUAUGCAUGCAAUGUCCACUAGCUUCUUAUAAGGACGAGGAACAUUCCAGUCAAACGAAACAAAUACGUGAUCAGAAUUUAUAAUGACACCUGCUAACUCAUAUUACAGGAAAUGAAAUUCAAAGUGUACUAAAUUUUCAGGAAAAAAUUCCCGGAAUAAAAAAGAUGUUCUCUCUUCAAUAAAUAUCCUAGCAAAAAUAUUUAGGAAAUAUAGCAAGAAAGCAUGUUCUAAGCAACCUCAACGGAGCCAAAGUAUGCCUCAAUUGUCAAAAACAACAGGUCACUUUGACCACAUUGCAUGUAAUUGUAUGACAUGCACCUGUUCCAAAUGUCUUAGUGUAAAUAAUACGGCACAAUAUUUUAAACUUUCAACAUGAAAAUCAUCGCAGCGUGCUUUAGUAAAAUAUAUCAAGCCUGAGACAUAUGCUGCAAGAUCAGGCCGAGUAAUUUCACAGAUCUUAGAUUGACUUUAACCAGUUUUGUAAAUGGAUAUAUCAGAAGGAACGAUCAUUAAUUUCAAGUUCAUUUGUUCGUGUACAUCAGCUCGCAUUGAAUAGUUAUUGAUAAAGUACAGUAUUCAGACUGAGAAUGAAUGGUCAGAAAUUGUUGGAUAACGCCAUUUUUUAUGAAAGACGCAAAAACUGGAAAAAGGUUAUUUUCUUUUAUAAUGAUCUAUUCGAACUCUUCAAGAACGAAACCUUUGCUAAUCUACAAAAACUUGCUCCGGAAGAACUGAAGAUUUUGAAGUUCCAGUGUUACCACCAUUGCGGUGUUGCGCAUCAAAAACUCAACGAUCACAACACUGCAAUAUUGAUGUUUCGAGAAGCAAUCAGAAUAGUGGAAAAGAGGAAGAAUGGGUGUAGUUCAGAGUCGUGUGUCACAGGAAUCGGUAUACACUGGCCAGUACCAGCUCACGCAAGAAAAGCGUUUUCGCAAAUUGCUGUUGGUCACCUUCAAGAAGCUUUGCAGAGCUCCGAAAAGGCUGUCUUACUGGAUAACACGAAUUCAGAUAUGUACUGUAUACGAGCUAUAGUCAGGUUUAUGUUGGGGGACAACGACAAGGCCAUCGAAGACACAACGCUAGCAACAGAGUUUAACUCACAACACGUCUGUUCUCUAAUUCUACGUGGUUGGUUCGAGAGGUCGUUAAAGGAAUCUCCUUUAACCAGGGGAAUGGGCGGACUGCACGAAAAUAGAAAGUGGAACAAAUUCGAGGCAAUGGCAUAUGAACUCAAUCCUUCCGUGGUAUCUUGUUUUGGUGACCCAUGUAGUAAGGAAAACAUCAUCGAAGUGCUUGAAAAAUAUUUACCAACAGUUCGAUGUCCUCACACGGUCACAGUUUACGAUGUCUGCCAAGUUGCACAACCAAGUUUCGAAAUUCCUAAAACGAGGAGUGGAAAUGCCAAAAUAGAGAAAAUGUUUCCAGACUCAGACACGAGACGUGCAAAAACAUCAUUUGUGACAAACCAAUCACAAAUAGACACAUCUGAAACAAACUGUAAAGCCUCUCUUACAAACUUUGACACCAGGCAAACAGAAAUAUCAUUUGCUACGACUGAUUCAAAACAGAGCGGAUCGGAGGAAAUUUUUAAAGAUGGGGGAAAGGUUUCUGAAUGUUGCAAGGGUUGUUCGUCGGUUGAAGAAUUUUUGAAACAUUUAAUUUGGAGUGAAGACACCAAUUCUGCAUGGUGAGGUUCAAAAAGCAGAUGAUACAAAAAUUCCUGGAUAUAAUAAUUUCGGGAAGUGAUCCAAGAAGAGUUGAAUCAGUUGAUGAUAAGAAGCCGUUUGUCAACAUUACGCCGAGUCAGUCCUAUGUGAUGACGCCUUCAAUAAUUUUAGUAAAGUGCAGAUUUUUAAAAACCAAAACGUCGGUCCCCGAAUACCUCAACCGCCUUCCAAAUAUAUGGUGUGGCCAUGUAUACACUGUUCAAUCACCUCUUUUUGUCGCCCCGAUGAAUUGCAGGAUAUUUGGUCGAAAUUAUGCGUCACUUUUUUCCUUCCGGGGCCAGUUGUUUAAUGCUGGGUUAGCGCUAACCCUGGGUUAAAUUUUAAUCCACUGUUUUGGUAAUUUAAGUGCUUCUAAACCACUAUUUUGUUUUAAAACUUUCACAAAAUAUGGCUUUUGUCAAUUCAGAAAUAUAGUAUGGCCGGAUGUUUCUCAUACAUAAAGAUAACAACUUUAGAGGACAUUUCAAUCUAUUUCACUACUAUACAAUACACAUUUACGUUUACAAUUUUUAAUAUUCACUUAACAUAUAUAGUUCAUGCAUUCCCUACUCUAUUAUUAUCAUUAUUGAUUAUAUGUAU